AUGAAAUUGGAACCAGACUUCUACAUCAAGCUCUAUACAUCAACAGAGCUCCUCUCCCAACCAUGGCUCUCCAGUCUCACUAGCAUGGUCAAUGCAAGCUAUCGUGUCAGUCACACCCGCAGUAUCAAGUUUCCGGCAAAUAAGACUCGGCUUUUGAACGACUCGCAAUUAUCUAAAGAAGUCGGUCCGGAUGGUUUCACUGCGGUGGCUCUAAUUGAUCGCGGUCCGGAUCAAACCCCUGAAGUCAUUGGGACAGCAAGUAUGAAGAAAUGGAAAGAUGAUGGCCUUUGGAGACCCUAUAAAGAACUUCAAGAGGGGUUUGAUGCCGCUGUAGCGGAGCUUGAGGAGAACGAAGCCAGUCAGGCCAUGGACCAUGUGCUCGAGCGAUACGCCUGUUCGGGUGACUACGAGAUAGCUGUCGUGGCCCUUCCUCCCGACUCUCGAUAUCGUGGCAGGGGCAUUGCGGGUCAGUUAGUAAGGACCUGUGAAGAGGAAGUUUUGAGACGGCACCGGGUUGAAGACCAGGAUGCGUCAUCUCCGGUGCGCAUGAUGAUUCUUGUUGCUAAGGAGGAUACAGGUGCAUAUUGGAUUAAGCAAGGCUUCACCGUUGUGGGCAGUCGAAGAUGUGAUAUUGGGGUCUGGAGUGCACUGGAAGAAUUUACUAUGUGGGCUAUGCUUCGUGAGCUGGCAUGA